CCUGAAGAAAAUUUUAACUGUUUGGCUGAGGCUCGAUGUAGUUUUGCGGUUUUGUUGUGGACUGACAGAGUCUUCCUGUUCAGAAUAUGUCCUGAGGGAGGCCACACAAUUGCCUUCACUCGUGCUGUCCGCCAAGCUCGGUCAGCCUGCUGAGGCUGACCAUUUACGUUGGCAUACCCUGUAAUUCAAAUACUGCAUUUGCUGCAUUUUCUAAUGUGAAAGUCAGUUUAGUUCCUGUUUGAAGUCCAGUUGGCCUUCAGCUAUUAGGCACUUUUGCAUGGUUACAUCAUUAAUCCCACGUACUAAAUGGUCUCUCUGCAUCUCAUUAAGGGUUAAACCAAAGUCACAUGCCUCUGUUAGGCAUCUUAACAAUGCUAAAAAUAUCAACAUGGAUUCCCUGGCUGUCAAAUUGCUGAGUAAAACUGAUUGUGGUCUCAGAGUUAGAAGAGGCUUGGGGUCAUAAUAUUCCUUACCUAAAUCCAUAAACUCUUGAAAGGUUUACAAGUUGGUCCUUCAGAAAAUGCUAUCAGACAAUGCUGUCAGACAAACUAUUCAUUGCUUGUCAUCUGCCCCAAUGUCAUUUCACUGGAAAAAAAUAACGCAUUCUUUCCACAUACUGGGCCAAGUCUUCAACGGCAGGAUCAAACAAGUCAAGCUUCCCAAAUAUUGUCAUGAUGCCAGACAGCUUCCACCAACUCAAAGAUUGCUGCAAGCACAUUUCUUCAGGAGUGUAUCUUUUUUCUCGUCACCAUUGAAAUAACUCCACAGAGGCCAGUAUCCCGUUAUGAAGUCACCCUUUAUUUACACACACACAUACUUGACACUGGUCCAGCUUCCUCAGAGCCAGCUUUCAGAGUGAACAGAAAUUCUGAUCCCCCUGUUUAAAUCUGUUGGCCAGGUCUCCCUGAUUGGCCCAGGUUAACAGCCUCAAUUGGGGAACUUAUUCUGUGAGGUCCACCUGGCUGAUCUUGGUACAGUCACCAUAGACUGAACCAUAUGGUUUCAGUUCUGAAGAAGGGUCUUUGGACUUGAGACAUUAACACUUUCUCUCUCCACAGACCUGCUGAGUUUCUUAAGAACUUCCUGUUUUUAUUUCAGACCACCAGCAUCUGUCGUAUUUUGCUGUCACAAGUAGUUGGGCACUUUUCUCUGGAAAGAGAAGACUGAGAGGUGACCUUCUAGAGAUCCAGAAAAUGAUGACAGAAUUUGAUGGGGUAAAGAUAGAGAAGUGUUUUCUCUUGUGGAAGAAAUCAUAAAUGUGAUGUAAUCAUAAUAAAUCCAAUAAUUAAUUCAUAGGAGCCCCUUCAGACACGUGAAAACUUGCUACUAUAGUGAGCAUUUUAGGUAAAAUUGCAUUUUUGCAUUUAAGUGAAAAUAAGAUAAGUAAAGGAGACAGGAGUUGAUGGUAGGUUCUUAAAAAGAGUUCUGCGGAUUAUAAAUCCUCAACAGCCUGUUUCUGUUUGGUAACUCUGUACUGUAUAAUAAUGGUACACCUCACCUUCCACUCUGGGUGGUGAUCUGCUUUUGUGCCUAGGCUGUUCACCCUGGUAUCGCACAUUAACGGGCAAAAAAAUAGUUUUGAAUGGCCAGUAAGUAAGAUUUUUAAAACGAUCACAAUAAGAUAAUGCUGCAGCAGUCACACGCCGAGAAUUCCCAAUUAUCUCUUCCCAAAGUCGCAACAUCUCCAGCAGCCAUUUCACUGCAGGCGUUUCAAGCAGCGAAUGAAAAAUAGCUACACGGGGAAAAAGCGGCUCUAAGGGCAGGGAGAGGCCGAUACAAAGGGGCAAGACACAAAAGCAGACACGCGCGAGACAGUGGGAGAUGGACUAUCAUUUCAGAAUGGCUACCUACAGUCGAAGGCUAUCUGAAUAUUCCUUCCAGGAAACCCAAGACACAACAUGUCAUAACACUCUGGAACCAGAUUGUUUCCCACUUUCAAAAAGUUCUUCUGCCACCCUAUUCCCCAGAAGGGACAGCAUAGAAGAAAGGCCAACCAUUAAACAGGAACUGAGGAAGACCCUCAGUGGCUUUGUCUCUCCAAGUGAAACUGACAUGAGGUGCCCUUAUCAUCCGUCUUGCUUCACACCGCAAAAUAAUUUCACUGUGAUCCCCUUAUGUCGCUGCUUCCAGAUGGGAGCCAUCCCUGAUGCUAAUCAUACCACUGAACUCCCAGUAUUUCAGGAUAAUUUGAAAGCUCACAGCAACAGCCACAGGAGCACCAACUUCUCUAUGAGAAGGGAUGCAGACACAAUGUUAUGUGCAGACUCAAACCUAGGAAAAUUACAGGCAAAGGUGAUGCACAGAAGUUGCUCAGAUAUCAUUUGUGAUUAUGGGGAGAAAUGCUAUCCAGCUGAUGAUGUGCAUACUAAGAUUACUGCUGCAUAUCAAGCUCCUGUGCUGGGCAGAGACUAUGGUAUAAUUUCUCCAAGUGAAAUGAUGUCUAAAGAAUGUAACCAGAAGAUUGUGAUCAAUAUUUCAGAGAGUGAGAUUGACACCAGGCAACAGGAAAAUGACAGAGAAAGUGCAACCAUUGCAGACUACCAAGUCAAUAGUAUGGAGAAUGACAUUUGCAGUCCCUUGCAUCGGGGCCAUCUCAUGUUUUCAGAGAACUCUCCCGAUUGCUCUGGUGUCAAGGUUAUCCAAGAAUCUGGUGAACAAUAUCAAGGCAAUGAAAUGGCAGAAAAUGAGACAAUCACCUUGGGUCAGUGUAACAUCACAUAUCGGGAAGGAGUUGCCUCUCAUCAAAAUAGUUUAAUGGGUAAUCAAACUUGUACUAGACACCAAAGCCACUUGAUGUCUGGUUUGAUGAUUCAAGACACCACUCCUGCUUAUUGUCAUUCACUGCCAAUCCCUGCUGUCCAUCUCUUUCCAAGACUAGUCAGUUCUGUCAGUGAAUCUGGAAGAGGAACUGUUGUUGAUGCAUGUUGUCAUCCACUGCCAGUUUCAGGGAUUCUGGCAUUCCCACGGUUGGUGUCUUCAGUGAGUGAAUCGGGGCUAGAUGCGAGGCAUCUUCUGAAAUGCCAUGGAACACUAGAAAAUGAAGCUAUUAAUGCUGCAACUGAAAGGAAUUCUCAUGACACUUCCAAUAGGAAUAAAGUGGAACUGGAAAAAUUUACUCACUCUUUUUCACCAAGCAGUCAAACUAAUGAUGAGGGUGUGAGAACACGAGACAUGUGGACAAUGACAACAGAUCUGACCCUUCGAUGUCAUCAUCAACUGGAACGUAAGGAUGCAGGGGUACAGACCUCCUUGGCAGUUGACUGCAGGUCAGUGGGCACCAGCCCCUUGUCUCCAACUGAUAGUUGCCUAGUUCAUAUGUUUCCAGAGGUUAACCUUGAAGAGAACCAGCUAAUCCAGGAAUCUCCAGUUCGGGAAGUGAAAUGGGAUGACAAGGGAAUGACAUGGGAAGUCUAUGGGGCUUCUGUAGACCCUGAGGUCCUUGGGCUGGCUAUCCAGAAACAUCUGGAGAUUCAGAUAGAACAACAUGAAAAAGACAAGAUGUCAACAGCUGAAAUGACAGUGAAGCAGUUGGAUAAUCAUGGUGAUGGAACACGAGUGGUGGGACAGCGAGGAAAAGAGAAGAGACAUUUGCCAGGUUUUAGGAAUAUGAUGUCUUCUUUAAGGCAUCCAACAUGUUGUGUGCGUUCCAGUGCAGCAAUAGACUGAGUAGCAUUACCCAGUGAAGUGAAAAUGAAGAUUACAUAAUUGUUGGAUGUUUCAGCAGUAUUCCCAAGACAUAAAAACAGUUCUGGCUUUUCCCCUAAUCUAAUGUUGAGCCAUAAAUGUCAAAACUCAUUAUUUAGUGAGUGUUUAUUUAUAAUACACUGAUUAUUCUUUCAAAAUAUUUAACAGGGUAGCUAAAUGAGAAGCCAUGGAGAGGGUAGAGAUGUCAGAAAAUGUAAGACAGUUUUUCCAGAAGGUUAUAAGCUGUUGAUAAAAAGGUGAAGUUUGGGUACAUGUCUGGGUGCAAAUACAAGGUGCUCAGGUAGAUGAGGAUAAAGACAAUGGUAAAAUGAUUGUAACAACGUUGGUGGUGGGUAAAAAAAAUGGCAUGUUUUGCAUUAUGCUUUAAACUGUCUUGUUUUCGCUGCAGUGAAGAAUAUUAACCUUUGACAAAUUUGUGAUCCUUGUCAAACAUGUGGUGAGGUGGAAGUGAAUUAAUUAAAAAUGUACCAGUGAACCAAAGGUAAUGAUGAAAGCUGAGGCAAGACACCUAGAUGAUUAAUGUUAGAUUCUAGGUUGAGCUGGUCAUCUUGUAAAUGGUAGCCCUAUAGACUCAGAAUUAUAAUGAUACAGCACCAAAGAGGGAGAUUCAGCCCAAUGUGCCUGUACUGGCUCUUUAGUAGAGCUAACAAAUUUGUUUCAUUAUAUUGCAAUUUCCCCAUGGCUUUGUAAUUCUUUCCUCUUCAAGUAUUAAAUUUUCUUUCAAUGUCACUCCUGGAUCUGCUUUCCAAUAUUUUCAGGAAAUGAAUUUAAGAUCACAGCAACUUAAAUGUCUAAAAUAUGGCUUUGCCAUAUUUUAUCAGUCAUCUUAAACCCUGUACUGCUGGUUACUGACCCUUCUGCCAUUGAAAGCUUUUUCUCCAUUUGUACUCAUCCUAUCCUUUCAUGGCGUUGAAUACCUCUAUCCAAUCUCCUCUUCAGCUUAAUAAAAUCAAGAACUGCAGAUGCUGGAGAUCUGAAUCAAAAGUAGAAACUUGUAGAAACUCAACAGGCCUAGUUGCAUCAGUGAAGGAAAUAGCAGCGUUAAUGUUUCAGGUCCAGUGACCUUUCAUGAGAAUUGGCAAAGGGUUACUGGAUUCAUAACAUUACCUCUGUUUUUCUCUUCAUAUUUAUCCAUCUAUAUCCUCAAGUCUAUGACUCUUCUCCUCAUUAUUUACUCCAUUUCCAAGUUUCAUGUUAUCAGCGUUCAUCAAAAUUGUGCCACAUAUAACCAAGUCCAGGCCACCAACAUAUAUGAUCAAAAAGACCAGUGAUUCUAAUAUGAACCACUGAACAAUGCCUUUUCUUUCCAGCAUCAAAUACAACCAUACACCAGCAGUAUGCUUACUCUUCCUUAGCCAAUUUUAUAUCCAUAUUGUCAUUGUCUCAUUAAUUCCAUAUGCUUUAAUUUUGCCAGCAGUUCUAUUAUAUAUUGCCAAAUACCUUCUGAAAGUUCAGAUGCACAGUAUCAAAUAAUGGGAAACUAUGGCAAAUAUUCAAAAAAAUCUUAAAUUACAAAAGAAUUGUAAAAUAAAUUGAAGCAAAAAACUUGCAGGGAAGAGGAAUGAUUAAAACUGGUCUUUAAGAUUGUAGCAAAUGAUGUAGGUUUAAAAUGGUCAUAGAAUGGGUAGAUGGACAUAUACAAAAUAAUAAAAUGGUGUUACAAGUUGGCAAAAAGACCCUUGUAUGGAUGAGUAAUUUGUAUGAAAUGUGAAAGUGAACAUCAUUAGUGAUGCAAUAGAAGAAAAUAGAACUCAGUUAUAUAAAAGACAGUCAGAUAAAAGAUGCAGGGUAAUUAAAAGGCAGUUGGAUAAAAAGGAAAGGCUGAAAGAAAAAACUGAAAGAACAUGUUGAUGCUGGAAAUCAGAAACAAAAAUAGAAAUUGCCGGAAAUAAUCAACGGGUCCAGCAGCAUCUAUAGA